AACGUUCAUUUUGAGCGCCAAAACAGUUGACAUAACUAUUGAAUGUUCGAAACAUUGACUCAAAUAUUGUUUGUUUUGAUCAUUUGGUGACCACUUUGUCAACAAAAUGUCGAUUUGUGUCAACACUGAUAAACAAAGCAAUGAUUCGACAUUACAAGUAAUUACAAGAAGUGAUGACAAAUGUCGACAAAUGGAUGAAAGACUGAAACAUUUAGAAACCAUUUGUCACACUUUGGAUGAAGAUAUUGAUGAUAUCGACAACAAUUUGAUCCAACAGUUUGAUUGUUUAAAGCAAAUCAUUGCUCAAAACAAUCGUCUCUUGACUGAACUCCAGACCAAACAAGAAACCAAUUUAAAGGAAAUCAUCACAAAAUGUCAACAAAAGAUCUCAGUCAACACAUCCAAUGAAUGGACUGAAACAGAUUUGAUGACACAAUUGUCAACAUUGAAAAAUAGCGUCGAGUUAUUGACCACUGAAUUAGUUGAUAAAAAGAGACAUAAAACAGAUCUAACAAACAAAACCAAAUGCUUAGCAAAAAAAUUAGAAGAAAUGGAGACUAAAGUUAAAGAAUUGCGACAACAAAACCACACAAAUGAUAACGAAGAACAUAUGGUUUUGGCGGCUGUCAUGAGAGUCAUGUAUAAGACAUAUCACAAUAAUGUCAUCGGAUUACUCUUCAAUGAUAACGAAGAGAAAAAUUUAGAGAAAGUUUUGGUUAUGGAUAACAAUAGUGACAACAAAAGUGAACACAAGAUGUCUAAACAAUUUUGGGAUUCACUUAAUGCUGAUUAUAAUAUCAAUUAGAUUGAAGUAAAAGAAUUUAUACAUUAUAUUCAUUAAUAUGUUAUUAAAAACAAUAAUAUUGUAAUCAACAAAAUCAUUCUUAUUUUACUUAAUGUAUAAUAAAAUAUUAGACAAAACAAAAUU